UGGCCCUCCCCUACAAAAACAGCACUCAAAAUCACAAAACCCAAAACUAGCUCCGUCUUCUUCGUUCAUCUUCCUCCUCCUCCUCCUCCUCCUCCUUCAGCUCACAAGCUUCAAAUCUGACAGAAGUCUCUCCGUGUUUCCAAUUUGACCCCUGGUUGCAGAGACUUUUCCCAUAAAUACCCCUGCCUUCUUUUGUUUUAUCUAAAUGCAAGAUCCAAACCCUUAAACAUAAGACGAGGAGAAAGGAUGAUAGUUCGAACAUACGGUCGUCGCAACCGGGGAAUUGCAAGAACCUACUCCGACGGCCUAAACGACGUCGUCGAAGACCCCUACAAGGAGUCUGUAUCGCAAGAAAGCCCCCACGAGCUCUACGGGCUGGCGUUAUCGUCCCAAGAUUCGUCGCACUGGUCCUUUGAGUCUGAACCUUACGGCCAUAAUUCGUUGCCGCCCAAAGAUUCGGAAAACGGUGUCGUUCGGAAGUCGAAGAAGGCGAGGAUUGGGAAGCGAGAAUUAGGCGGGGCUAAGAAUUCUAGGUCGUUGAUUUCGGCAGCAACGGCGACGGCGACAUUGAUGGAGACGCAGGAGUUUGGGGAGAUGAUGGAGCAUGUGGACGAGGUGAAUUUUGCUUUGGAUGGGCUGAGGAAGGGCCAGCCGGCGCGGAUCAGGCGGGCGAGCCUUUUAUCUUUGUUGUCUAUUUGUGGCACUGCUCAGCAGCGGCGGCUUCUGAGGACUCAGGGGAUGGCAAAGACAAUUAUGGAUGCUGUCAUUGGUCUUAGCUUUGAUGACUCACCAAGCAAUCUGGCUGCUGCAACUAUUUUCUUUGUUUUGACAAGUGAUAGUCAUGACGAUUACCUUUUGGAGUCUCCCACCUGCAUCCGGUUUCUACUUGAAUUGUUGAAACCACCCAUGUCUAAUGCCACUCAUGGUAAAGCCCCGAGCAUCGGCAUUAAGCUUCUUGGACUACGUAAGGAUGCUGACCCCUUACGGGAUACAAAUAAAACAAUAGAUUCCAGUUCCACUGCAAUUGUUCACAAAGUUCAGGAAGUCCUUGUAAGUUGCAAGGAAAUAAAAUCAAGCAGUGGGGAUGAUAAUGGAGUGGGGAGGCCAGAAUUAAGCCCUAAAUGGAUAGCUUUGUUGACUAUGGAGAAAGCCUGUUUUUCCACCAUUUCUCUUGAAGACACCUCUGGUACAGUAAGGAAGACAGGGGGCAACUUCAAGGAAAAAUUUCGGGAGUUCGGAGGACUUGAUGCUGUUUUUGAGGUUGCGAUGAAUAGUCAUUCCACUUUGGAGGGAUGGCUAAAACAUGGUUCACCUUCAAUUAGGGAUGCAAAAGAUGAUGCAAAUCUACAAAGUCUGGUGCUGCUUUUAAAAUGUUUGAAAAUCAUGGAAAAUGCUGCCUUCCUGAGUAAGGAUAAUCAGAGUCAUUUGCUUGGAAUGAAAGGAAAAGGGAACUGUAAUGGAUCUCGGCUAUCUUUUAUAAAACUCAUUUUAAGUAUCAUCAAGACCCUCUCAGGUCUUUCUUUAAGUAAAAGUUCUUCCACCAUUUCCAUCGAUGAAAAAUCUCGUAAUAUCUCUGAUGGGAUUAGUCAUGAUUCUCAAGUGGAUUGUAUGGCAGAUUAUAAAGUGGAGAGCAAUGGGAAUUUAUUUGUCAAUUAUUCUAGAAAGUCCUGUAGCAUGGAGAGGACCUCUCCAGAAAAGUGCUUCAAUAUAUCUCAGAGGAGUCGGUGGUUGUCUACUGCUCGGUCAGGGUGUACCGCAUCCAGUUCUGAAACUGCCACCACAUCCAUGGCUGAUGCUUGUUUGUUGAAGAUGAGAGUCAAUUCAUCCACAUCUGGCUCAUGCAAUGAGAUAUCAAGGAGUUCAAAUAUUGGAACACCUGUAAAUAGUAAUGGUUCACAGAGGAGCUUUGGUUUUGGUAAGAGUUUCAAUAUAUCUGAUGACACCAAGUUUGAACUUUUAGAGGACAGCCAAGAUCCUUUUGCAUUUGAUGAAGAUGAUUUUAAACCUUCCAAGUGGGACAUGCUGUCCGGGAAACAAAAGGUGCCUCAAACUAAAAAGUGCAGAGUUACAUACAGAGGACUAGAAGAUGGGUGUCUAUCUCAGCUAAUGAUGACCCAACAAGAAUCAAGUAACAGGGAAAGCAAUGAAUUGCAUGAGAUUUCAUGUCCAGCAGAGAUUUCUUGCUCAGAUGCUAUAAACAAUGAAAACUCCAACCUACUGGCCGACUGCCUACUAAAUGCUGUCAAGGUUCUGAUGAACUUAACAAAUGACAACCCUGUUGGCUGUCAGCAAAUUGCUGACUGUGGGGGACUGGAGACUAUGUCUGCUUUGAUUGCUGACCACUUCCCUUCAUUCAGCUCGUCUUCAUCUCCCUCCUGUGAGAUGAAAGAAAUUGCCAUGUUCUCCAACUCAAGUGUUGAACUUGACCCUCAGAAUGACACACAUCUCACAGAUCAAGAGUUAGAUUUUCUUGUUGCUAUCUUGGGCCUGCUUGUGAACUUGGUAGAGAAGGAUGAUCGCAACAGAUCAAGGCUUGCAGCAGCCAGUGUGUCAUUGCCUAGCUCAGAAGGGCUAGAAGAGGGGACUCGAAGGGAUGUGAUUCCACUAUUGUGCUCCAUAUUUUUGGCCAACAAAGGAGCGGGUGAGGCAGCUGAGGAUUUGUCUUGGAAUGAUGAGGCAGCUUUGUUGCAAGGAGAGAAAGAAGCUGAGAAGAUGAUUGUAGAAUCUUAUGCAGCCCUGCUUCUUGCCUUUCUUUCCACUGAAAGUAAGGGCACCCGUGAUGCCAUUGCUGACUGUCUCCCAGAUCACAACUUGAGGAUUCUGGUGCCUGUGUUGGAUCAGUUCUUGGCAUUUCAUAUGUCGCUAAACAUGUUGUCACCGGAGACCCAAAAAGCAGUGAGUGAAGUAAUAGAAUCAUGCAGAGUGGCGUGAAAACUCAAGGGCCUCAAGGUUACGGUAAUUCUGUACAGCCUCCUUGUUCUUUUGCAGAUCGAGUAUCUGUUCUUACAGGAUUGCAAUGGGGAUGGGAUUCCUGGAGCAUACUGUAUCAAACUGACCACAGGCCUGUUUAAUAGUCUGAUUGACCCGUCUGUUUGUUUUGUGUUUUCUUUUACAUUAUAUUUUUUUGUAGCUCUCUUUUUUUUUUUUUGGGGGAAAUUUUCUAGUUCUUUUUCUUCUUUCCUUUUACCCUUUUUCCAUCACUAUCUUGUUACAGGCUGAAACACGUAUUUACGGAAAUAAUAGCAGAAUCUAAAUUUUCCACAAUGCAAUAUGUAAGUAAGUUUGCGUUGUUGGCUCA